AUCAGAAUCAAAACAAACUUUUUUGGUGAUGAUAACAAAUUGAAAAAUAUCCGAAUUUUAUUCGAAAUAACACGAAAAAGAUCAAGAACUGCGAAAAAAUGUCAUCCGAAAAGACAGAAACUGAGGAAGGCACUUCCGAGCCACAAGUUGACGACGAGGCCGAGCUACGGCAAUACAUCGAAGAAAUGUGCGCGAAAAUCAAGCUGAAAGAAAAAUUGCGCGACGAAAAUACCAAAGUCAAUUACCCGCCAGAGGAGUUUUUCACGAAACUCGAUUCAAGUUUGAAGAAAAACACGGCAUUCGUGAAGAAGGUUAGACAAUUCACUGCCAGUCAAGUGGAUGCGUUGCUGAACGACAUUGCUGGACUGAACUUGACAAAAUACAUCUCGGAGAUCUCGUUUGCCUUGUCCGAGACGAAACUAAAGUUGUCCGAUAUUCCCGCAGCUGUUACUUUAUGCACGAGGAUUCACCAAAUUUAUCCGGAGUUUGGGAAAAGUUUCCUCGAAAAUUGGCAAAAAAUAUUGACGAUCAAGCCGGGCGAGAAAGUAACGAAUCCGAGUAAAAUGCGCGUGGAUUUGAGAUUUUUCGCGGAAUUGUUGAGUUGUGGCGUCUUCCCCAUCAAAGCUGGCUUAAAUACGCUCGGAUCAACGCUGGUGAAUCUCAUUCAGCAUGACAAGACGGAACACGCAAAUCUCUCCAUCAUAAUUUCCUUUUGCAAAAAUUGCGGCGAAGAAUUUGCCGGAUUGCAUCCCAUGCGAAUGAUUCAACUCGCGGAAAAAUACAAAAUAGAUCUUCCAAAAUCCACGUUGUUGCCGGUGGAAAAGCAAACGGGUCUCCAAACACUGCUGAAAGACUAUUACACGAGCUUAGCGAAACACCUGAAGGCGGAACACAAAGAACUCCAAAUCGCGGAACGGAGCAAACGAAAACAAAUCCAGUCCAAAGGUGAAAUUUCGCAGGAAAAACGUGACCAAUUGGAAGCUCUGCAAGCGACUUACGACAAACUUUUCACCUCAACGCAAGUCCUCUCCGAUUUACUGAGUCAACCGAUGCCGGAACUCGUGGUCGAAGCAGAUCCCACCGACGAAGGCGGCAUAAUUAACGUCAACGAUGACUUUAGCAACGUUCAUCUCGAUCCAUGGGGCGACGAGGACACGCGAAUGUUUUACACGGAUCUGCCUGAUUUGCGGGGAAUUUUGCCAAAUUACUCGGCGCCGAAGGAAGUUUCGCCCGAUCAAGCGGAUCAGGAACAAGUAACGGAAGAAACGUUAGACGAAGAUGUUGAACCCGAACUGAAAUUCGAUCCGAGUAUCGAAGUGGAAGCGGAAGGAGCUGCAAGUGCUGUGACAGAGCCUGACCCACCGACGCCGGAACAUGGAAAGAUCCAAAUUGCCAGUAAACAGAAAUUUGAAGUGUUUUUGCAAAACUUGUCGAAUUGCGUGAACAAAGAAAUGGCAGAUAGUGCCGCGAUUGAAUUUUUGUUGAACUAUAAUAUCAAGCCGUACAGGAAAAAAUUGGUCAGAAAUUUAUUUUCGGUGCAUCGAACACGUUUAGAUCUCCUUCCGAUGUACGGGCGAAUCAUGGCAGUGAUAAAUCUCGUAGCGCCCGAUGCUGCCAUUGACCUGUGUCAACUCCUGAAGAACGAUUUCAAGUACCAAGUUGCCAAAAGGGACCAAAUUAACAUCGAGUCCAAGAUAAAAGUGAUCCGAUUUAUUGGGGAACUCGUCAAAUUCGGUCUUUAUGCGAAGCUGGAAGCACUGAUGUGUCUCAAAAUUCUCCUUUACAACUUCCAACAUCAUCAAAUCGAGAUGACGUGCGCUUUCUUGGAGGUGUGUGGCCAAUAUUUGUACAAUUGCAAGGAAAGUCGACUACGGACAUUGGCAGCUUUGGAAAAAAUGAUGCGUUUGAAGACCGCACAUGCUUUAGAUCCACGUCACGUCGCACAAGUAGAAAAUUGUUACUUUUUGGUGAAGCCUCCGGAUGAUGUUGGGGUGCAAGUGAAACAGAGACCUCCCAUGCACACCUACAUCCGUCACUUGAUAUUCGAGGAACUGAACAAAUCGAACGUCGAUAUGAUGAUAAAACUCAUGCGAAGACUCGAUUACACAGAUGCCGAACUAACAGACUACAUCGUCAAAUGUCUCACAAAAGCCUAUGAAUUGCGAUAUCACUUGAUAAAAUAUCUCGCUGAUUUGCUGUCGGGCUUGAGUUCGUAUCGGGAGCAAGUUGUGGCACGCGUUAUUGAUAAUGUCUUUGAAGAUGUUCGAGCGGGACUGGAAAUUCAUUCACCGAAAUUGGCACAACGGAGGAUCGCGAUGGUCACGUAUUUGGGAGAGAUGUUCAAUUAUCGACUCGUGAGUGCGUCACACAUGGUGAAUACGUUGUACUUGAUAAUUUCCUUUGGCGUGACGAUGAACUACGAAUUUCCGUCGGAUGUUGAUCCGCCUGGCAGUAUGUUCAGACUGAAGUUGGCUUGUACACUCUUGAGCACGUGUGGCCUGUAUUUUACGAAGCAAUCGCACAGAAAAAUGCUCGAUUACUUUAUCGUCUUUUUGCAACGUUAUUACUGGUUCAAGAAAGAAGAUCCCGUCUUCACAAACAACGAAAAUGCUGAUCUCUUCCCCAUCUUGAUCGAACACGCUUACAAAGAAUGUCUCACAACAAUUCGUCCCAAAAUUAAAUUCUACAAAAAUUUCGAAGAGGCAAACAAAGCCGUGGAAAAACUAAAACGCCAACUUUAUCCAAACAUCGACGAACAAAAUCAAGAGACAAAACUCGAAGCGAUCUCCGAAGUAGCUGAAAGUGGUCGCGAAGGCGAAAACACGGAAGAACUCACCUCAGAAGCUGUCGACUCCGACGACGACGAAUUCAAACCGCGCGAAAUGAUGGAAGAAGAAUACGAACCCGAACCCGACGAAAUUAGCGAACAAGAUUUGCAACGAGGACACGAAGUGACCGCACGAAAGGACGAAAAAACGCAAGAAGACCUCGAAUUCGAGCAAAUGUUCGAAAAACUCGCGCAAGAAAGCUACCAAGAACGUUUGCGAGAAGCAGCGAAAAUCACGCCAGCGACGAAAGAUAUUCCAGUUCCGACGACGGGCAAACAACCGAUCAAGAAAACGUACGAGCAGCUACAAACAGCGGAACCAGAAGCUCCCACAGACUCGGUGCCGUUUACUUUGAUGGUGCGUGGCUCAAAAGCUGGAAAGCAGCAGUUGAAAGUAUUCCAGGCGCCAAUUGAGAGUCAUCUCGCGCAAAAUUUGUUGAAACAAAAGGAGCAGCUGCGAGAAGAAAAUGAACGCGUGAAGAGAUUAACGUUGAAUAUCACCGAACGGAUCGAAGAAGAGGACUAUCAAGAGUCACUUUUGCAACGACCUGCCCAAAUACCGCAGUUCCGAAACCAAAAAUAUCAAAAGUUUAAGCAUCAGAAGGGCGUCCCAGAUGCCGAUAAAAUUUUCAAUUGAGACCUCGAAGAGGUCGCAGCUGUUACAUGCGCAAAUUAUGUGAAAAAUUUCUUUUGUAAAGAAAAUAAAUGGAAAUUA